UGCAAAGAACGCCGCUAGCGAGUCACGACGAGUAAAAUUCUUUCUUCUUUACGUGUUUCACCCGAGAUACGCAAUGGCCGACAAAGUUGACAAGCCUAAGGUUGCCAAGCAGCCCAAGGAGGCUGCCGCUGAAGUUAAACUUCAGCGGAGGCCUAUGAAGAGGCAUGGACGUCUUUACGCCAAAGCCAUCUUUACCGGUUACAAACGUGGUCUCAGAAAUCAGCACGAGAAUACCGCUCUGCUGAAGAUCGAAGGAGCUCGUGCCAAGACCGACUCCGAGUUCUAUGUUGGCAAAAAAUGCGUAUACGUGUACAAGGCCAAGAACAGGACGUCAGUUCCCGGCAAGACCUCCAAAAAAACUAAGGUGAGGGCUAUCUGGGGUAAAAUCACCCGCCCACAUGGUACAAGUGGUUCAGUGCGAGCCAAAUUCAAGACGAAUUUGCCAGCCAAGGCCAUGGGACACCGCAUCAGAAUCAUGCUGUACCCAAGCCGAGUUUAAGUUAUUACUUUAAAAUAAAAAUUUUAAAAUUUAA